UCUGAACGCGGACCGGAAGCUGUGCGUCCCCCUGUUUGUUCCUGACUCGGUCCUCGGUCUCCACAGAGGAAUGUGUCUCUCGAAGCUGAACGGAUCGUGAAUCUCGAGGCAUCGCUCCCAUCGCAUCAUGGCUGGCUUCAGGCAAGAGGAUGUCGAGUUGUAUUAUGAGAUGGGAGAGGAGCUGGGCAGUGGACAGUUCGCUAUUGUUCGCAAGUGUAAGGAGAAGAGCACAAGUGUCGAGUACGCGGCGAAGUUCAUAAAGAAGCGGCGGCUGUCGUCCAGUCGGCGGGGGGUGAGCCGUGAAGAGAUAGAGCGAGAGGUCAACAUCCUGCGGGAGAUUCAGCACAGCAACAUCAUCACUCUGCACGACAUCUUUGAAAACAAGACGGACGUGAUCCUGAUCCUGGAGCUGGUGUCUGGAGGAGAGCUCUUUGACUUCCUGGCUGAGAAGGAGUCUCUGACGGAGGAGGAGGCCACUCAGUUCCUCAAACAGAUUCUGGAUGGCGUUCAAUAUCUUCACUCCAAACGCAUCGCCCACUUUGACCUCAAGCCUGAGAACAUCAUGCUGCUUGACAAGAACGUCCCCAACCCCAGGAUCAAACUGAUCGACUUCGGGAUCGCUCAUCAGAUAAAAGCAGGAAACGAGUUCAAGAACAUCUUUGGAACACCAGAGUUUGUCGCGCCAGAAAUAGUAAACUAUGAGCCACUUGGACUGGAGGCGGACAUGUGGAGCAUCGGAGUAAUCACAUACAUUCUGUUGAGUGGUGCUUCACCGUUUCUGGGUGAGACCAAGCAGGAGACCCUGACCAACAUCUCAGGCGUCAACUACGACUUUGACGAGGAGUAUUUCAGCAACACCAGCGAGCUCGCCAAAGACUUCAUACGCCGCCUUUUGGUCAAAGAUCCAAAGAAGAGAAUGCCGAUUGAUGACAGUCUUCAGCAUCCAUGGAUUAAGGUGAUUAAGAGGCGAAACGUACGUCAGGAGGAGAGAGACCACAAGCCUGAGCGCCGGCGCCUGAAGACCACUCGUCUGAAGGAGUACACCAUUAAGUCUCACUCCAGCAUGCCGCCGAACAACACCUAUGUCAACUUCGAGCGCUUCUCCCAGGUGCUCGAGGAGAUCGCAGCAGCAGAGGAAGGCCUGAAGGACCUGGAGCGCAACCAGCGCUCGUGCCAAGAGGAUGUGGCGGCGCUACUGUCCAUCUACGAGGAAAAAGAGGGUUGGUACAAGGAGGAGAACCAGAGCAUCUCCAGCGACUUGGGCCACAUUCGCCAGGAGCUGCAGCGCUCCCAGACCCAGCGCAAGAAGUGCCAGGAGGACGCCAGAGUGACCAUGCAGGCUGCCAACAUCCUCAAGCGCAAGUUUGGGCGCCUGGAAAACCGCUACGAUGCCCUGGCUGAGCAGGUGGCCUCUGAGGUCCGCUGGGUGGAGGAGCUGGUCAAGUCCAUAUCUGUAGAGAGGGAUGGGCUCAGCUCUGGCAGCAUGCCCUGAGCUGGGCUCACGUCCAACAGUGACACUUUCAUUCUCAAGUAUCGUCCUGCCCGUCUUCUCCGCAUGUGUUACACACAGCAGAGUUUGAGUGGGUCAGUCGUCAUCAUAAGCUAGGCUGCUGCUUCCAAUCAGGAAAGAUGUUCUGCCAUUUUUUGUUACAUCAAGAGAAACCAGCAAGAAGCAGAGAGGCAAUAUACUGAACCCAUUCCCCCAUGAAGAGGCUCAUUCCUGUGUUUUAUACUAUUAAUUUAUGAUUUUAGAAAUUGUACGUACUGUAAUUCAGCCGUCAUGCAACGUAGUUAACAAAAUCAUUUGCAAACCAUAUUGGAUUUUUGUCGGUUUUGUAAAUAGUUUUUGUAGUUAUCUCUUCAGACGCUAAAUUCAGCUGAAUUUUCUAGAGCUUUAAAGAUCAUUGACGUUUGCAUCAGGUUACUUUCCAGUUAGUUUCACAGGAUUCAGCUGAUGGAAGUCAGGGGUAUUUAUUAAUCAUUUACAUGCAUUUUUUUAUUUGAUUGCAGCUGAUUUUGAUAGAAUUUGACUGUAGCGGAUGCAAUAAAUCCAAACUCUGAGCAUAGAAGAGUUGGAGCAACAUUUUAUUUUAAGGGUCCAUUAUUUCUGAAAUGUUUGAAAGUACCAUAUAGAUUGGUUAAAGAAAUGCACAUAAAGUCAUGAACCAUAUUUCUCCAUUCUAAACUAAGUAMAUAUUUAAGAAUCCUCAUUUAUUAUCACAAUUGAAUCUUUUUGAAUUGAUGUUUGUUUUUGCCUGCUGUCCUCUGUGGACCAUUUGAUCACUCUCUAUUCUACCAAACUACAUUACUUAUUAGGAAUAAAUAUCAUUUGCAAACUUCCCUCAGAAUUUACUUUGAAAUGAAUCAGAAUUGAUGGACCUGUAGAAUAAAGAUGUUACCAGAUUUGAGAAUGUACAAACUCAUCUUCACGGUGCCUGUAAACUGAUGACAUUUCUAUCACAUUGAUAUCGCUCGAUGUCUUAAACGCAACAACUUCUGCACAGUAGCCUUGUUAACCAAAUAGUGUGCAUGGAAACUUUCUUUAUGAACUGUGUCUCCUGUUAGUUUUUCUGUUUCCAUUCAGACCAUCCCUGCACACUAGAAACAUUCCAAUGAUAAGUUUCACAUCCAGGCGACACCUUCCCCAUGUCGAGCAUAGAACGUAUAUGAUGUAGUCAAUAGUAUUUUUCAGUAGAGAGCUGUACUCCUUUGCACUUAAUUAUUAUAGCAGUGUUCCAAAAUCUAUUUUAAUUUGUGUCUAAGAUGUAAAAAAA